AUGUCGGUGCUCUGGCAGGCUCUCAAGUAAGUGCGGUGGAGCGCGUUUGCUCCGAUUUGCAGAGAGAACCCCCCGAAAAAAUGGUCAUUUCUUCUCGAUUCUAGGCCCGAAAUCUAAUUAUUUUCUCUCUCCGUUUCCGCUUUUUUGCCAUUAAUCUCAUCUCGCCCGCUUCUUUUUUUUUCAGAAGAAUGGAAUCGGCGGGCAACUCGUCAUCCGAAGAAUCCAUUUUUCACGAGCAGGUUUCUCCUUUUCCCAAUUCAGUUAUCUAUCACGAAACCUACCGUAAUCGUUCAAAUAAACGUUGGCACACUUGCGGCGUCUAGUUACUGUAGGCUAGUUUACCAGAAUUGCGUCAACAAGCACUUUCUGAUGGUUACCGGAAAUGUGCCAAGCACCCGAAUGACGUCAUGAUUGUGUUGGCGCGCUUUUUUUUGCCUCACUACCGUACCUGGUUGACGCAUUUCCGAUGUAUUAUUCUGACAUGUAUGCCUUUUCUCAAUGUUUGGUUUUCCAAGUGAAAUGUGAUUAGGGGGGAAACGAAUAUUAUGCAUUUCCGGCGUUUUCUUCUUCUCCCGCCGACUCCAAGUAUCUUUUCUUUUCAGACCCGAAAAUUGUUCCGUUUGUGCGACACUCAGAACGUCGGCCUCAUCGGAAAGGUAUGUAGCCGCGAGUGUGCCAGCAAAAUUCGCUGGCGCACUUUCGGUGCUCCCUAGAAUACCGUACUUUUCAGUCGGAUUUGGACGUGCUCUCGGACCUGAUUCCCCCCGAAGAUCUUCAGAAAAUCGCGCGUUUUAUCGGCGAACAGAAGGUGAACGAGCCGGCGUUUUGUCGCAUUCUCAGUAAGUAUAAAAGAUGUAGUCGUCUCGGAAAACAAUAAUAUUAUUUUUCCAGAAGCGAUCGUCAGCCAGGCACUUCAACAAGACAUGACUCGCGUAGAAACCACGGUGGCCUAGAACUUUCCGUCUGUGGCCUAGAAUAAUCCGAACCAAUUUCAGGCGCCCAUCUUCGAAGCCCAUCAAUAUUUGGCCGAGCCGACGUUGGAAGACGAAAUGCGGGCGAUUGAGCAGAAUAAAGCGUAUUUGGACGAUCCGCUCACAAAAAUUCUAAAGUGAGAAAAGCAUUACUGGCUAAGCAAACGCGCUCCACUGCACUCUCCCGAUAUGUUUUUUGCUGAAACUUUAUCAAAAGUGCUCAAAAUCGGGAUUUUUCAAGUCAAAAAUUAAAAAAAAAAUGCAACGUGCAACGGAGCGCGUUUGCUUAGCCAAUAUUUAAUAAAUUUCCAUGCAGAAAGGAGCUAGAAGACAUCAAAAAGUACGAAGAAGCGCAAACGCCCGUUGACAACAACAUCAUCAAAAAGCCGAUGUACCGUCCGAUCCAACCGGAACCGUCCAUUCCGAAAGUGUCCUCGUUGGCCGAAGAACUCAAUGCGAUCGGCAAAAAAGCAAAGGAGCCGGAGGAGGAGCUCACGCAGCCAGACCGCAUUUUCAAAGUGGUUUUCGUCGGCGAUUCGGCCGUCGGAAAGACGUGUUUCCUGCACAGGUACGGACGGUAUCCAGAAAGCGCCAGACUUGCUGACGUCUUUUCAGAUUCUGCCACAAUCGCUUCAAACCGCUGUUCAACGCGACGAUCGGAGUGGAUUUCACGGUGAAGACGAUGAAAAUUCCGCCGAAUCGUGCGAUUGCCAUGCAGUUGUGGGACACUGCCGGACAGGAAAGGUUAGCGCGUUUACAGUGCCUUGGCGCAAUUUAGGGCACUGCUCUCGUAAAAAUAAACUUCCGAAUAGGGCUGAAAAAAAUCGUUUCACGGAUCUGUAAAACCGUAGAGUACUUUGAAAUCCAGAAAGCACGAAAAUGUGAAAAUUUGCACGAAAAAAAAAGAAGAAAACUACUAUUUUUUGCAGAAAUUCAUCAUUUCUAACAUGCAAAUGUUUGCAGAUUCCGUUCGAUCACAAAGCAGUACUUCCGCAAGGCGGACGGCGUCGUUCUCAUGUUCGACGUCACUUCGGAGCAGUCAUUUCUGAACGUCCGCAACUGGAUCGACUCUGUGCGCGCGGGCGUCGACGAGGCGACCGUCAUGUGUCUCGUCGGCAACAAAGUCGACCUGUUCGGCAGUGACAUCGCCCGCAGUGGAGUGUACCGCGCCGCCGAGAGACUUGCCCUGGUACGAAUCCACGUGUGUUUAGCGAUAAAAUGAGUCUGCCUGAUGCGAGACUACAAACUACACCGUUUUGGGCGCUGCUCUCGUGAUUUUUUCUCUGCCUCAACGUUGAAAAGUCACGGAAAGCUUCUGGAGAAUACAGGAAAAAUCACGGUCUUUUUCGCAAGAUUAGCCACGAAAAACCGAUAAUUUCUCAUUUGUCUCUCGAUAGACCGAUUGUAUAGGCUAUUACGAAUUUUUUAAGCGCAAGAGCGUUAAAUUUGGUCAAGUCGCAAAUCACAUUUAUCCAUUUGAAGGUUUUUGGCUAAAACUGCGUGAAUUUCAGUUGCUUUUCGGUAGUUUUCGCGGUUCGAGCGCUCAAAAUGCUUGUAUUUACGAGAUUUAUCAUUCUCAAAACCAAUUCUGUCUGAAAACGGUCAAGAAAGCGCAAAAUGAGAAGAGCAGUUUUAAGGCGGCGAUCGGCGGCGAAGGCGAAAAAGCUAAGUACGCGAAAAAUGCGCCAAAACGUCAUUAAUUCUGCGAAUUAGUGUGUUUUCAUGUCGAACAUGCAUUUUUCAUCGCCUUUGACCACAAAAAUCAGAGAAAACCUGCUCAAUUCAUGACAACGCCAUUUGGCCGAGGCGACGCCCAUAUUGUCAGCUCUGGAGACCGUGAAAAUGUCAAAAUUUCUUCCAGGAAUUCAAGAUCCCGUUCUUCGAGACGAGCGCCUACACCGGCUACGGAAUCGAGAAUUGCAUGCGUCAGAUGGCCGAGUGAGUGCUUCUCUCUUCUUCGGCCGUGGCCUAGAAUCCCCCAACUCUUCUUCCAGAAGUCUUCAGCGCCGCGAGGACAAUCAUUUGGAGGAGGCGCUCAAGUUGGACAUGAACGCGAAUUUCAAAAAACGCAGCUGGUGCUGCAUCUGA